AUGGGCUACGACAUCGGCGUCGUGUCCGGGUCCAUGUUGCUCAUCGUGCCGCACUUCCACCUCGACACGGUGUGGACGGAAGCCAUCGUCAGUGCCACAGUCGGAGCUGCCGCUCUGUUUGCUUUCUCGUCUGGGUAUCUUGCUGAUGUGUUUGGGAGAAAGAAGAUCAUCAUAUUUUCCAGUAUUGCCUUAGCCACUGGCGCCGUUAUUAUGGGAGCCUCGCCCACCAAGGAAAUACUACUACUUGGACGUCUUGUUGUUGGUGUUGGCAUAGAAGCUAAAUACUUGUAUCUUGGCGUUAACAAGCUGAAGACUUGGCACCUUGGUGUUAAGAAGCUAAAGACUUGGUACCUUGGUGUUAAGAAUCUAAAGACUUGGUAUCUUGGUGUUAAGAAGCUAAAGAAUUGGCACCUUGAUGUUAAGAAGCUAAAGACUUGGUACCUUGGUGUUAAGAAGCUAAAGACUUGGUACCUUUGUGUUAAGAAGCUAGAGACUUGGCACCUUGGUGUUAAGAAGCUGAAGACUUGGUAUCUUGGUGUUAAGAAGCUAAAGACUUGGUAUCUUGGACUGUCGACAUCGACUGUAGCUGUGUACAUAGCCGAAUCUGCACCAGUACACAGCAGGGGACGCUUAGUGUCGCUGAACCAGCUCCUUAUCAACAUCGGGGGCUUCGUGUCCAAUCUAAUCGCGGGCGCCUUCAGCCAAGUAGAAUAUAUCGGAUGGAGAUUCAUGCUUGGUCUUCCUGGAGUGGCUGCGAUCGUUCAGCUGAUCGCCUUCCUGUUUUUACCAGAGAGCCCCAGGUGGCUUGUGGGUAGAGGUAGGGACGAAGAGGCACGCGCUGUGCUCGAGAGGAUUCGUGGAACAGACGACAUCACGAAGGAGUUUAACGAGAUUCAGGAAGCCGUCGUGGAAGACAAGCUGUGUGGAGACGGUUUCGUCAUCACGAAGGUUUGCUCCACGCCUCACGUCAGACGCGCUCUUCUGAUUGGCUGCAUGUUGAUGUUCUUCCAGCAGGUGUGUGGCAUCAACACGGUCAUGUGCGUAUCCUCCAAAAUACACCUCUACCAUUUUUCACUUUGCAAAAGAUCAGUGGACAAAAGUUUGGCUUUAAAUUAUCAUUGUUCUGUGUUCUGUUUCUCGCCAGGUGUGUGUCUGGCGUUGUGCAUCCUUGCCACUGGUUUCCAAUUGGCUGCCCUGAAUGCCCCGCCUGUAAAAUUUACGGAAUCGUUCAGCAAUGGAACUCUGUACAACUGGUCAUGUGCAUCAUACACAAACUGUGAUCGCUGUACGAACGAUGUAGACUGUGGAUUUUGUUUUAAUGUCACGUCCUUGGGGUCUUGUCUUCCUGUGGAUAAGGACAAUUCACAAACAUCACAAUUUGGACGUUGCAACGGAACAGGCCAAUCAUAUUCCUCGUUUCAUUUUGACGUUGGCUUUUGUCCAAAUAAUUUCAUGUGGAUGCCAGUUGUUGGAAUGGCCUUACUGGUGUUUUCGUUUGCACCAGGACUUGGACCGAUGCCUCUGACAAUCAACGCUGAGAUUUAUCCACUGUGGGCUAGGAGCACGUGCGGUGCGAUUGCAAUGUGCGUCAACUGGUCUUUCAGCCUGGUCGUCUCUUUCACCUUCUUGACUUUCACGGAAACAAUAACCAGAUAUGGUACAUUCUGGCUGUAUACAGGAGCGUGUGUAUGCGGGUUUAUAUCAAUAGCAAUCUUUCUUCCCGAAACGAAAAACAAGACUUUGGAACAAAUGGAACAAAUCUUCAUGUCGGAAAAAGAAAGAAAGAGAUGCGUGUUCAGUGAAGAUCCCAACCCUGAACGGGACCGAGACAGCUGACAGUGUUGGGGCUUUCCUCACAGUCUGCGGAACGGAAAGCUGGAACAAUUUCCGAACUUCAUGAUAGGUUUUCAAAAAUGUAAACAUAACUCGUCGUAUAGUAAAACGUGACGUUUAUAGAUAGCUCAUAUUUUAGUUUAUGACUAUCAUAAGUAACUAUGUUGUUAAAAACGUACGGUACAAUCUUUCAUACCAAGUUUUAUUAUCCGUUUAACCCUUCUAGAGACGUCUACGCUAUUUUAUUACUGUGCGGAUCCUUGCAAAGAACGUUGGUAAUAUAAUGCCUGUAGUUAAUAUGAUAUAUGAUGUCUUAAAUUUAUUUCAGCACAAUGUGACCGCCAUGUUGAAUUUGUGGUCGAUCCGAAAACUCAAUGAGUUGAUGUUUGUUCAGAAGAAAAUAUCCUGCUUUGUAAAUUGUAUUCAAAUAUUGUUUAGAAUUACUUUUGUUUUCAAAAUGCUUUAAUUAUACAAGUUGUUUGAAGUUUAAAAUACUUGUCUUCAAGUACGAAGAAUUAACAAUGGAGUACCGAAGUUGUUUUGUUUUGCUUUUUUGUUUGUUUGUGUUUUGGUUUUUCUUCUCUUUUUUUUUGUUUUUUUUUGCUGUUGUUGUUUGUUUUUGUUCUGGGUUUUUGUUUUUUUGUUUUUUUGGGGAUGGUAAUAAACAGUAUAAUAUUAUGUUAAAAUUUGGUAUGUACAAUCAUACUUAUAGCAUACAAAUUGGAUGUUGUGUUAACAAAUUUUAAUGGUAACCAUUCAAACCAUUUCACGAUAUCAAAAUAAUUCAAAUCAAUGGAGCACCAAAGUAUUUAUUUAAAUAAACAGUACAUUAUGUUAAUAAUUGGUGUUAGCAUUCAUACUUAUAGCAUACAAAAAACUGAAUGCUGUUGUAAAAGCUGAUGGUAACCAUUCAGACCGUUUCACAACACCAAAAUGAUGUUGAGACCAUUUCUAAAGGGGCUACCCUGAGUUUGCUGCCAUUGUUAAGAUGUUGCCGACUAACAGUUUAAUGGUUACAUUUCCAUAGUACAUGUAUAUACAUUUUUCUGUAUAAAAUAUCAGUUGCUGUAUAAUAAAUGUUUUUCUGGUCAUAUUAGUGACCAACUUCGUAAAACUUCAUUUGAUUUUAUAAUAUAUACUCUUCAAAAAAAGUAGGGGAACUCUAAUAAGAAUUUACAAUUGCCAAAAUUGUAAGGUAUAUUAGCUGUGGGGAAUGGUUAUAUGAUAAUAGUGAAUUAAUUGGGCAAG